AUGCCUUCUUCCCAACUCCCCGCACACGCAUCCCCCGCCCUCCGGCCUCUCCAUUCACCCCAGCCUCGGCCUUCAAGUCGCGAUGGCUAUGUACUCGAGGCAUCCCCAUCAUCGUCAUCCACGACGUCGCCACAGACACGUGCGCACGACCAUCGUGAUUCUUUGCACCCCACCACCCAACUUGCCCACGCCGUCCCAUCCAUCAUCUCGCCCGCCUUCACCCCUCCGGCCACUCCGGCUGGCGUCUCCACACCCUCGCAUCCCCGCCCACCACGAUCCGUACCUGUCGAUACCUCGCUCCUCCAAGACGAUGCUCCACGGCCUGAGCUGCUGGCCAAACUGCCACAUGUCGAAUGCGAGGUGCGCGCCCGCAUCCCGACCACCACCGGCCAUGAAAUGUGGCUGCACGUCUACCGCAACAGCGUAGACACCAAAGAACACCUUGCCAUUGUCUUUGGUGCCAACAUCCGCUCGCGGUCACUGGACGCCGAAAGACCGGGGGAGACGGAACUCGAUCGCAUGACGCGGGGCGCCUAUGUUGGUCGCUUGUAUCCCGGCCGGACGAGCUCGCGGGUCGAGCAGCUCAAGCGUUCAGAGGGCCUUCCUACCAAGCAGACGUCGGACGACCAGGUCGAGCGCGAGACGACGAAAAGGGUCAAUGGCUUGCCCUCCCCGUCCUCGGCGCCGUCGAGCGAAAAUGGUAAUGUACAGCCGAUUGCCUCGAGCGAUCUGCCUCUGGUCAGAAUACAUUCCGAAUGCUACACCGGCGAGACCGUCUGGUCGGCGCGCUGCGACUGCGGCGAGCAACUCGACGAAGCCGCCCGCUUGAUGGCAGACCCGCACCUGUCCCCGUCCGGCGGCGCCAUCAUUUAUUUGCGCCAAGAAGGCCGAGGAAUUGGCCUAGGCGAAAAACUCAAAGCCUACAAUUUGCAAGACUUGGGAAAUGACACGUAUGAAGCGAACAUCCUGCUCAGACACCCUGCGGAUGCGAGGAGCUAUGGGCUCGCCACCGCCAUGCUCAUGGACCUGGGGCUAGAUGGUGACAGGGGCAUCAGGCUGUUGACCAAUAACCCGGACAAGGUGCAUGCCGUCGAGGGCCCCAAUCGGGAGGUUGUCGUCAGGGAGCGGGUGGCCAUGAUUCCGAUUGCAUGGAAGACGGGCGGCGAGAAGGGAAUCAAGAGUGAGGAGGUGGAAAAGUACCUGAGUACAAAGAUUGAGAAGUUUAAACACAUGCUGGAUCAGCAGUAG